AGUUUGCGGUGACAUCUGGCCCUGAGGGCGGGUCUGUGCCAUUCUGGACUGUGACGCUCUGGGACCAAGAAGAGCCAGAAAAAGAGCAGAGGGUGGAGCCAGCUCCAAUGUCUUCUCCAUGUUUGAUCAGUCCCAGAUCCAGGAGUUUAAAGAGGCCUUCACUAUCAUGGACCAGAACCGGGAUGGCUUCAUCGACAAGCAGGACCUGAGGGACACAUUUGCUGCACUGGGCCGCAUCAAUGUCAAGAACGAGGAGCUGGAGGCCAUGGUGAAGGAGGCACCAGGGCCCAUCAACUUCACGGUCUUCCUGACCAUGUUUGGGGAGAAGCUGAAGGGCACAGACCCCGAAGAGACCAUUCUGCAUGCCUUCAAGGUGUUCGACACUGAAGGGAAAGGCUUCGUCAAGGCUGAUUUCAUCAAGGAGAAGCUCAUGACUCAGGCAGACAGGUUCAGUGAGGAGGAGAUCAAGCAGAUGUUUGCAGCUUUCCCACCAGAUGUGUGUGGUAACCUGGACUACAGGAACCUGUGCUAUGUCAUCACCCACGGCGAAGAGAAGGACUAGAAGGAGACCACAGAUAUCCCUCCCGCUCAAAGAGUCAGCAAAUUCAGGGGACUGAUGGGGCGCUCCUGAGGCCACACUGGGCAGGAGAAAGGCCCCCUGGUCCCAUGGGGGCAGAAACAAGAAUAAA